AACAUACAAGAAGUAAUGAAUCCAAAUAGACAUCGGAAAGAAAAGAGAACUAUUCCUGCUAACACCUUUAAUUCUAGUGAAUACUUGACAAUGAAGGGCAAGAGUGACUUCCAGCUUUCCUCUGAGCUAUCUGAGGAGGAAGACAAUAUGUAUGAGACUGUAAAUUCUUCAGUGCUGGAGGCCGUUCACUCUUUGAGAAUCCUUCCUGCCAAACCUCUGCAAGAAUCUGAAUAUGCAGAUACACGGUGCUUAAGGCCAUCAGGUGCCACUUCCCCAACGAGUGAGAACCCAUCUCAGCCCCCUCAACACUCAGCUAUUCACACAUCUGAUCCGGAGGGGAGAACAGUGCCAAAUGUAAGAGGAGGAAGAAUGAAACUACAUGGAUACCAGGAGCCAACACCUCCCCCACGGCCUCUGAAGAUGCUGCCAAAGCAGUAUCAGCCCCUUCCUCCAGAGCCAAGAAUAAGCAGCCAGGUCUUACCCAAGAGGAACACGCUCAGCCGAGACCCCACCUUUCCAAUACCAGCAGAAGUCACAAGACAUUCAUCUGUUAGGAAAUCAAAUACAGUACCUGGAAGACAGCAAGUUACAAGUUUGGGGAAGAAACCUGAAGUACCUUUUCAAGCACAACAUCAUCCUCCUGAAGCCAGCCCUCAAUAUACAUGGAGCUCUAAGAACAUUUGCAGAUCAGGUUCCACAUUAAGUGUAGAUAAUUUGACAGUGAAGAAGCCACCACCUCCUACAUCAUACGCAGCAUGCAAAAACAAAUCAAAACAUUUGCUUGUAGAACAGGAAAUGCAAUCUCUUACCAAACCCACUGAAAAGGAUUUAAACAAAUGUGAGUGGUAUGUUGGAGAAUAUGAUCGCCAUAAAGCAGAGAAGAUCCUGUUACAGAAAAACACUGAUGAGACAUUCUUGGUUAGAGAUUGUUCAAAGAAAUCAAAGGCUGAACCAUACGUGUUGGUUGUUUAUUAUGGAAGAAGAGUGUACAACAUUAAAGUACGGUUCCUGGAAGAGAGCCAACAAUACGCCUUGGGAACAGGGCUCAGAGGAGAGUGUAAAUUUAAUUCCGUGGAAGAGAUCAUUGACUUCUACAGAUCCGUUCCCAUAACGCUCAUUGACGGAAAGGAUCAGUCAGGAAACCACAGAGAACAAUGCUACCUCACACAUCCCUUCAAGGCAGGCUGA